GAGCAGUAUAGCAACGCACUGGGUUAGUUUGCGAAUGCGAAGCCGGAGAUCUUGAGCUUUAUCUGGGGAUCUGCUUGCAUCAUCAUCCGUCUCCUUCGUGACUUUCUGGAUCUCUUCGACAAAUUGGCAGACAUGCUUCAACGCUUGGCAAGACAACUUGCGCUGUUUGACCUCUACGCCCGCUUGUAUCCACACUCAACCCGGCUCAGGGAAAGCCUAGUAGAGGGCUACGACGCUUACCUGGAGUUUUGUUUGUCGGUGGUGAAGAUGCUGGAGGGAGGUUCAUCCAGGAAGAAUCGAUGCAUCGGCAGCCUGAAACUCAUGACGAAGACUCUCUUCAAGUCUGUCAAACAAGACUUUGGAAGGGUCAUCAGUCGCCUCGAGUCUCUUGUCGACAGUAUCGAAACGGAAGCCAACGCCGCCGAAAAAGAGGCUGCUGCCGACCACAGAGAGGUGGUCAAUGAACAAAUCGACUGUAUGCUCUCUGCGUUUCAGAAAGAUACUGAAUGGAUUUACAGUGUUUUUUUGACAGUCAAAAAGUACCAGGAUUUGCUCCAGUGGCUCGAUCCCGUGGACACCGCGGCAGUUUUGCUUGAUCUUUCAGACAUUCACCUUCCCGGCACCGGACAGUGGCUGAUCGGGAACGAGGCCUGCAUUAAGUGGUUCACGAACCCAUCAUCAAUUCUCUGCGUAAGUACCGUGUUCGGUGCAUAUAAUCUGAUCAAGCAUCUGCAACAGCAUGUCACCGAUAAGUCGAUUGUCCUUUACUACUUUUCUGACUACAGGAGCGUCAAGUCCCAACAGACUCGUACCGUCAUCCAAACAUUGCUUGCAGACCUAGGUCGACAAAGCAAUCAAGUUUUGGAGAUUCUCGAAGCCAGCACACGACGAUACCGGAAAGAAAACCUUGCCUGCUCCCUCCAAGUAGUCACUGAAAUUCUCAUCCAAUGUUUGGCCCUAUAUCAAGAGGUUCAUGUGGUGAUUGAUGCUCUAGACGAGAGCGGAAACAGGCCGGAACUCAUCCAACUUUUGCUGUCUUUGCAGUCUAAGAGCCAAGCGACUAAUCUGUUUCUCACCAGUCGAGACGAAUAUGACAUUCGAGAUAUGCUGGGUCAUGUUGAGCAGAUUUCUGUGGAUAGUAGCGAUAUGACAUCGGACAUCGAUCAUUUCAUCCAACAUACUGUCAAGGAACUCAUCAACAACGGGAGGUUGAAGCUGCGAGACAAGACUCUGCGAGAAACUAUCGCUCAAAGGCUCGGCGACGAAGCUGACGGAAUGUUUCAGUAUGUUAAGUGUCAGCUAGACACUCUAAGUCAAUGCAUCAGCGAUAGAGCCAUCAUCAUAAUGCUCGAAAACCUCCCCUCGAGCCUUGACCAGACCUACGUUCGUGCCUUGGAGAGACUAAAGACUACAUUUCCAGACACGAUCGGCUUGAUCACGUGGAUUUUCUGCUGCAUUGUGCACUCGACAAGGCCACUGUCUCUCGCCGAGCUUUCGCAGCCGGUAUCUUUUGAUGUGAAAAGGGGCAUGUUUGAUUGUACAGCUGUUCCAACUGAUCCCCACGAUCUCUUCCGUUACUCAGGAGGUUUGUUCAGAUUUUCGGAUGCCAAAGGAACGUUGUCCUUGGUACACUUCUCGGUGAAGGAGUUCCUUCAAUCCGAACGAAUCUGCGAGACUUCAGCGCGAGACUUCUACAUGGGUGGCGACACUGCCCAUCUCCACAUGUUCAGAGCCUGUUUGUCAUAUUUGCUAUAG